AUGUGUUAUGGCGUGUACUUCACCGCCAAGAAACUCAAGCAGUACUUCCAAGAGCAUGUCACCCAUCUCGGCGAGAUCAUCGGGUGCCGGGAUGCCUCCGGCCGGGUCGCCAAGUGGGCACUCGAGCUAGCCGGCCACACCAUCCUCUACGAGCCCCGCACCACGAUUAAGUCUCAGGCCCUGGCCGACUUCCUCGUCGACUGGACCGAGACCCAGUACCUGUCGCCGCCGCCGGACUCGACGCACUGGCGCAUGCACUCCGACGGCUCGAAGAUGCGACUCGGCCUGGGGGCCGACAUCGUACUGUCCUCCCCCAUGGGCAAACGGCUCAGAUACGCGCAGCAGAUUCACUUCGCCGCCUCCAACAACGUCGCCGAAUAUGAAGCCCUUGUGCAUGGCCUCCGGCUUGACAAGGAACUCGGCAUCCGGCAUAUCCUGUGCUACGGCGACUCGGACCUAGUGGUGCAGCAGAGCUUCGGCGAGUGGGACGCUCACGACUCCAACAUGGCGAGCUACCGCUUCCUUGUCCAGAAGCUGUCCGGAUUCUUCGCGGGCUGCGAGUUCCUCCAUGUCCCGCGCGCAGAAAACGAAGCGGCCGGCAGGCUCGCCAAGAUCGCCUCAUCCCGGCAGUCCAUUUCAUCCGGCGUCUCCCUCGAGCAUCUGCAUAAACCGUCCAUCAAGCCAUCUCCGGACUCCGAGUCCAUCCAUGUCCCGCACGACCCGGCCGCGCCUCGACCCGGCCCGGGGACUGCUCCGACCGACCCGGACGCGCCUGAACCCGGCCCGGGGACUGCUCCAACCGACCCAGCCGCGCCUCAACCCUGCCCGGGGACUGCUCCAACCAACCCAGCCACACCUCAACCCGGCCCUGGGGCCGCUGAACCUGGCUCCAGGGCUGCCACCCCGGAACCCGUCGUGAUGGCCGUCCUCGCCGGGGUCGCGGCACCAUCCUGGGCCCUGCCCAUCUCAGAGUUCCUGGAAAACGGGGUCCUUCCCAUGGACGAGACCGAAGCCCGACAAGUGCAGCACCGGGCGUCCGUCUACAGCAUCAUCAACAACGAGCUCGUCAAAUGCAGCUCCACCGGCGUAUUACAACGCUGCGUCGAGCAACACCAGGGCGAGUGUGGGCACCACGCCGCCUCGCGCAAGCGCAAUCACCAACCGGCGUCGGCACUCCGGACCAUCCCGAUCGUCUGGCCCUUCGCGGUCUGGGGACUCGACAUUGUAGGGCCUUUCAAGACCGCUCGAGGCGGCAUGACGCAUCUUCUGGUGGCAGUGGACAAGUUCACCAAGUGGAUCGAGGCAAGGCCAAUCAAGAAGCUGGAAGGCCCGACGGCCGUCCGAUUUAUCACGGACAUCGCGGUGCGCUACGGCAUGCCAAACAGCAUCAUCACAGACAAUGGCACCAACUUCGCCAAGGUCGCGCUCGCGCAGUACUGCUCCGUCUCCGGCAUCCGCCUCGACCUGGCUUCCGUUGCACACCCGCAGUCCAACGGCCAGGCGUCCCCAUCGCCGGAUCGCGCAGCUCCCGGGUCCGCUGAGGUGCCGAUAUCUUCCUCCCCGGCGUCCGCGUCGCGGUAG